ACUUGGUCUCCAACUAAUUUUACAGUAGGUUGUAGCUAGGUGGUACGUAAGUAACAUCCAAAGUAGCAUCCACAUGAAUGCCAGGACCCAAGGUUCCCCAGCAGAACAUUGCCCAGAGCAUCAAAAUGCGUCCGUCAGCUUGCCUUCUUCCCAUAGUGCAUCCUGGUGCCGUCUCUUCCCCAGGUAAGCAAGACAUGUUACAUUCACAUGAUGUAACAGAAAAUGUGAUUCAUCAGCCCAGGCCACCUUUUUCCAUUGCUUCCUAGUCCAGUUCUGAUGCUCAUGUGCCCAUUGUAGGCACUUUUAGCGGUGGACAGGGUCAGCAUGGGCACUCUGACCAGUCUGCAGCUAUGCAGCCCCAUACGCAGCAAGCUGUGAUGCACUGUGUGUUCUCACACCUUUCUGUCAUAGCCAGCAUUAACUUUUUCAGCAGUUUGUGCUACAGUAGCUCUUCUGUGGGAUUGGACCAAAUGGGCUAGCCUUCGCUCCCCAUGUGCAUCAGUGUGCCUUGGGUGGUCGUGACCCUGUCGCCGGUUCAGCGGUUGUCCGUCCUUGGACUACUUUUGGUAGGUAAUCAGGAUGCUAGUUCCCAUUAAGAAAACCAGAAAAACAUUUAACUAUAAAAAAUUAAGUAAACUUACUCAGUUUGAGUUCUGCUUCUUUUUCUAAUAAUCUGCUGAGUGUUUCCAGCACUUUCUGUAAUUUCACAUUUUUUAAAAUGUUUUUAUAUCGAGCUUUAACUGUUACUCAUGCACAUAUUUGCAGGUGUUUUCAAAAGUUGUAUUUCACUGAUCUGAUCAAGUGCUUCCAAUAAAUGUGCAAACAAAUCCAGAUUACAAAACUUGUAAAAGGGUAAGGAGCUCAUAUUGUGUUUUAUUGAAGUGAUUUUGUUUAGAAUAGCUUUAUCAUGGCUUUUGCUCCAUUCCUUUCUAAUAAUAAUUGAUAUUACUGUCUGUGUGUGUGUUUAUUACUCUACCUCACUGCCCUUUGCCCUCUGCAGAAUAAACCAGGUAGACGGUGUCAAUGAAGGUAAAAUUCAGCAGCUCCAUUUUGUGUUGAGGGGAAAAUAAACCAUUUCAGGAGUAAAAACACAGGUUUGAUUUAACACACCGAUGUUGGAGUGAAGUAAACGUGUGUCCUGCUGUAAUCUGGAGAAGGAGACAUGACCUCCAACAUGAGUGUGUCUGGAAAACAGGACUUAAAGAAAGAUGAGAGAAUGAUGGAGAGAAAGAGAUCAGACUCACCAGAACCCAGCUGUGUGUCCAUGAAGAGUGACCAGUCAAUGGAACAUCCAGUUACCUUCAGAGACAGAGACAGUUCUACUGAUGUGAGACCACAAAAGAAGAAAUCAAACAUCAGCAGAAAUCAGAUGGAGUCCAUAUUCAAGGAGCUGGAACACAAAGUCAUCACUCUGAUAAAGAAUGAGCUGAAGAGGUUUAGGAAGCUCCUGAGUCCAGAUUACCCAGCAUGCACUGAGAGGGAGGUGGAGGAUGAGGAGGAUCUGCACAGUGUCCGAGAGGGAGUGCUGAAGAUCACACUGCACGUCCUGAAGAACAUGAACCACACAGAUCUCGCUAACACACUGCACAACAAACUCACCUCUGUGUAUCAGCCAAAGUUCAAAUCCAAACUUAGAGAGAAGUUUAAACGAAUUAAUGAAGGAAUCUCACAGCAUGGAGGCUCAGCACUUCUGAACGAGAUCUACACAGAGCUCUACAUCACAGAGGGUUGGAGUGGAGAAGUCAAUAAUGAACAUGAGGUGAGACAGAUUGAGACAGCUUCCAGGAGACCAGCAACACAGGAGACACCCAUCAAAUGUAAUGAGCUCUUUAAAGACAAGUCCAUCAGAAGUGUGCUGACUAAAGGAGUUGCUGGAAUUGGAAAAACAGUCUCUGUGCAGAAGUUCAUUCUGGACUGGGCCGAAGGAAAAGCAAAUCAGGACGUCUUCUUCAUGUUUCCACUUCCCUUUAGAGAGCUGAAUCUGAUGAAGCAGGAAAAUCUCAGUCUGAUGAAUCUUCUUCAUCACUUUUUCCCAGAAAUGAGAAAACUAGAAUUAAUAGACUCCUACAAAGUGUUGUUGAUCUUUGAUGGUCUGGAUGAGUGUCGACUUCCUCUAAAUUUCCAGAAGAAUGAGAGAUUGUGUGAUGUGACAGAGUCAGCCUCAGUGGAUGUGCUGCUGACAAACCUCAUCAAGGGGAAUCUGCUUCCCUCUGCUCUCCUCUGGAUAACAUCUCGACCAGGUGCAGCCAAUCAGAUUCCUCCUGAGUGUGUAGACCAGGUAACAGAGGUACGAGGGUUCAGUGAUCCUCAGAAAGAGGAGUACUUCAGGAAGAGGAUCAUUGACCAGAGCCUGGCCAAUAAAGUCAUCACACACAUGAAGUCUUCAAGAAGCCUCUACAUCAUGUGCCACAUCCCAGUCUUCUGCUGGAUUUCAGCCACUGUUCUAGAGAGAAUGUUGGGUGAAGCAGAGAGUGGAGAGAUCCCCAAGACUCUGACUCAAAUGUUCACACACUUCCUGAUCUUUCAGAUCAAACACAAGGACCAAAAGUACCAUCAGAAAUGUGACCCUGAUCCUCAGCAGACCAGAGACAGUAUCCUGGCACUGGGAAAACUGGCUUUCCAACAGCUGGAGAAAGGGAACCUGAUCUUUUAUGAGGAAGACCUGAGAGAGUGUGGCAUUGAUGUCAGAGAAGUGUCAGUGUACUCAGGUGUGUGUACUCAAAUCUUCAGAGAGGAGUUUGGGCUUCACCUGGGGAAGGUGUUCAGCUUUGUACAUCUGAGUGUUCAGGAGUUUCUGGCUGCUUUAUAUGCAUUUCUCUCCUUCAUCAGCAGAAAUGUACCAGAACAACAAACUUCUGAUCUGUCUGACCUUUUCAGAAAGUCAAACAUGUCUGAUUUCCUCAGGAGUGCAGUGGACAAGGCCUUACAGAGUGAGAAUGGACACCUGGACCUGUUUCUCCGCUUCCUUCUGGGUCUCUCACUGGAGUCCAAUCAGAAUCUCUUACGAGGCUUAAUGCCACAGAAAGGAAGCAGCUCUCACAGCAAACAGGAAACAGUCGAGUACAUCAAGGAGAAGAUCAGGGAGAAUCCAUCUCCAGAGAAAUCCAUCAAUCUAUUCCACUGUCUGAAUGAACUGAAUGAUCAUUCUUUAUUGCACGAAGUACAAAAAUACCUGAAAAGAGGAGGUUACAGGUGUCUUAGUGGAACAAGACUCUCUCUUGCUCAGUGGUCAGCUCUGGUGUUUGUGUUGCUGAACUCAGAACAGGAGAUGGAUGUAUUUGAUUUGAGUAAAUAUGACCAAUCCGAGGAAUGUCUUCUGAGGCUGCUGCCAGUGGUUAAAGCCUCCAGAACAGCUGUGCUGUGGGAGUGUAAACUGACAGAGGAAAGCUGUAGAGUUCUGUCCUCAGUUCUCAGCUCAAACUCCUCCAGUCUGAGAGAACUGAACCUGAGUGGAAAUAAACUGCAGGAUUCAGGAGUGAAGCUGCUCUCUGAGGGACUGGAGAAUCCACACUGUACACUGGAGAAACUGGAACUGCGUGAAUGUAAUCUGACAGAGGAAAGCUGUAGAGCUCUGUCCUCAGUUCUCAGAUCAAACUUCUCCAGUCUGAGAGAACUGAACCUGAGUGAGAAUAAACUGCAGGAUUCAGGAGUGAAGCUGCUCUCUGCUGGACUGAAGAAUCCACACUGUACACUGGAGAUACUGGAGCUGUGUGAGUGUAAUCUGACAGAGGAAAGCUGUAGAGUUCUGUCCUCAGUUCUCAGCUCAAACUCCUCCAGUCUGAGAGAACUGAACCUGAGUGACAAUAAACUGCAGGAUUCAGGAGUGAAGCUGCUCUCUGCUGGACUGGAGAAUCCACACUGUACACUGGAGAAACUGAGGCUGUGUGAGUGUAAUCUGACAGAGGAAAGCUGUAGAGUUCUGUCCUCAGUUCUCAGCUCAAACUCCUCCAGUGUGAGAGAAUUGAACCUGAGUAACAAUAAACUGCUGAAUUCAGGAGUGAAGCUGCUCUCUACUGGACUGGAGAAUCCACAUUGUAAACUGGAGAAACUGAGGCUGUGUGAGUGUAAUCUGACAGAGGAAAGCUGUAGAGUUCUGUCCUCAGUUCUCAGCUCAAACUUCUCCAGUCUGAGAGAACUGAACCUGAGUUACAAUAAACUGCAGGAUUCAGGAGUGAAGCUGCUCUCUGCUGGACUGGAGAAUCCACACUGUACACUGGAGAUACUGAGGAUGCGUUACUGCAGUAUUACAGAUGAAGGUUGUGCUGCUCUGGCUUCAGCUCUGAGGUCAAACUCCUCAUCACACCUGAGAGAACUGGAUCUGAAUGAUAAUAAUCCAGGAGAAUCAGGAGUGAAGCUGCUCUCUGAUCUACUGAAGGAUCCACACUGUACACUGGAGACACUACACAUCGAGUUGUAUUAACUCACCAGGACUAGCAUAUGACAGGAGUCUCACCUCAAUCCUCUUUUCCAGGAUAAAGCAGUUUUGGUGAAGCGUUAGAACCCGUCCCAUAUUUCCAGCAGUUUGGGAGCUGAAUCAUUCAUAUUCAGAUGUAGAAGUUCCAUAACAAUAACUGUGACUGAUCACAUCCUUUUAUCCACUCAGCUACAAGUUACUUCAGGCUUUAAUAACAUAUUUUACAAUCCAAAGUCAAAUCCUUCAGCAUCUACACACAACACAGAGAUAUCAUCACAUCAUCACACUGAUUAUACAAAUACACAUCCAUGUGUUGUAGCUGUUUAUAGCUUAUUUUUAGCUCCACAUUUUUAUCUAACAUUCAUUUCUCCAAAGAUGACUGAUUCAAAGGUGUGAUAUUGGUUUUUUUUUCUUAAAAAUGAUUUUCAAACCUCGGUUCUUUGUUUGCUAAUCUGUGUUUAAUGGUAACCAUGGUAACAGCUUGGUUGUGAAAUUUGUUGUUAUGGUGAUAUUUUUACCUCACUUCUAUCUGACUGGUUCCUUGGGUACAGACCAGCAGGGUUCUUGUCCCAGACUUGAACAGUUUUUGCUGAAUAAUAACUAGAUAUUUUCUGGUGAAAAAGUACAGAAUGGUUCCAUCACUGGUACCUUAUUUCAGUACAAAAAACAUACACAUGAUCUGAUUCGACAUGAAAAUGUGUGUCAUGUGUCCAAAAUGUAAGCUUACAUCACUGAGCAUGACAUCACUUCCUGUACACAUGACUACAAUGAAUAUCUGUAUCUCAACCAUGUAGAAGCAGCUGAAAUGUUAUGAUAUCAGAUUGUACUGAUUUUUCAUCACAGAGAGUCUCAUGAAGAACAGAAGCGUGAAAUAAAACUCUGCCUUCCUUCCUGCUAAUAAUCAUAAUGAUGAUGUUAAGAGAUUAAUAAUGUUCUUCUCUGGUGAUCAGUUCACAAUAUGGCAGGGCUUCAUUAUUCUGUAACCUCACACCAGCUAAUUACAAUAAACAUGUAUAUGAGUGUAAGUAAUCUCAUGUGAUAAAACAAGUGAAAGAGCUGAACUAGAAAGUAACAUGUAUCACUGCAUCUAAGUUUGACUUAAGAUAUUUAUUAGAUUCAUAAGAAAUCCAUUAUGGAAUUAUGUCCCCACAAAGCCAUUGUGUGUUCUGUGUGUAACCCAGGUUACCAACACUCAACUGAGCUGGGAGUAGUUAUUUUCAUGAGUUCUGAAGCUGCCAGUAAGAGCAUUUUGUAUAUUGAAGAAUUGACCAAUCACAAGUGAGAGUGUUGUAUAGCACAUUUUUUUUUCCUUUCUGGAAUUCGCAUCCUUUCUGGUUAGCGCGUGCUCUCUCUCUCUUGCUUCGGCGGGAACAGAAGUGAGCGGAGCCGUUUCAGGUCUUUCCGAUUAAAAUGUAAGAAUUUGAUUAAUCAGGUAGAAAUAUUUGAUUAAAAAACCUAGUGAUAUUUGCCCAGAGACGUUAUAUCGAGACUAGAAGCAAAGUUGAUGUAAAAAGAGACUUAAAUCGGUUUGGUAGCACGCGAUUGCCGAGAGGACGCCUCCUUUAACACAUGUGGCAUGUUAUCCAAUAAUUAAAAGUGUUUCACACAGAAGCAAAAGACAUUUUCGAUUGGAAAUUAAUUUCAUGACUUAUGAGUGAAAGACCGAGUGGAAACUGAGUUCUUUGGAGCUACAAGGGAUUAAAACGGUCAAGUUCAUCUGUGGUCUUGUGUGUGCUGCAAGCUCUAAGUUGACGCUGUAUGGAGAUCGAUGCUUCACGGAAUGGAGUAUCUGGAUUCCCGGAUUUCGUCCAAACUCCUGUGUUCACGGAGGGAGCGAGGACUGGCGAGCCGCACUGAGUUCUCAACAAGUGCUACUGAAUGACAUUUACAUUGCUGUUGCCGAACUGGACGGUAGGAAAAGUGAACUAGCAGCACAAACAGAGUGUUUCACUGUUCUCUUUAGGGACGAUCUAAUAGGAGAGACUGAGUGACGAACAAUUUCAUUGUCGUUAACUGAAUUCAGCCACAUUCACAAGGAUGUAAAUGAACCUCAAGUACUGAAUUACAAGACUCUUGAAAAUUGAGCUUUGAAUUCAUAUUUGAAUUUAUUUAGGUUUAUCUGGGUUUCUUCCUAAUUGUGUUUUUCUUCUAAUUUGGUCAAGUGUAUUUGUUUUCCCAUUUGAGUUUUUUUUUUGAGUUUUCAUUUGAAGUCCUUGAGAUCUAUAAAGAAAAAAAAAAGAGAGUUAUUGUCAAAACAACCUGCACUGAAAUAGUUUUUUUUUCCUUUUCUUUGUUUGAGAAAGUUACCCAUUGUAUUUUAUUUUAUUUAUUUAUUUUUUUUCUCAUUCCUCUGAUUUGGUGCAUUUCAAUUGCUCAAACAUUUGCUUUUGACAAAUAACACUGAGUUGAACAUCUUACCAUGUCUGAGUGAUUCAUUGUUGUUGUUGAGCUCCUUAUUCUCCGUAGGCGAACCUGAACUUCUGAAAAGCUGGUCCAUAUUCAGAACCCAUCGUGUCUGCAGUACUUGGUGCAGCGGGUUACAUGUGUGUCCAUAAUGUCCUAUUGACAUGAAUGUAUUUGGCUGUAUUUUUGUAUGAGUUUUGGUGGUCUGUCUGUGUGUAUACAUAGUGUGUGUAUUUGUGGUGUCCAUUUAAUGUGUGUGAAUGAUGAGGUAGAACCUUUACAAAAUACAGACCUGAUUUAAUAAAAACUGAUCUCACAUACACACACCUCACACCGCAAAGACACAUACUGUGUAUACAUACAAACACACACAUGACAAUUGGGGUUAGUAUGACAUUGCAUCAUUUUCUCUCUGCAAUAUGCCUAGAAUCUUUGACAGUGAAUGAGAAAAUCUCUCACUAGUAUGAUUCUGUUUUUUGGCAGUAUGUGUUUUGUAUGUGUGAGAGAAACAGAGAAAAAAAAGAACAAACAGCCCCUGUUUUUGGAUGUCUGUUGUUUGGCAGAUAUCAAACCCCUCACAAUACAAUCAUGAAACACA